AUGGUGUCUGCUUAUUUCAACACACCUCCAGCCAACGAAUUCGACGAGCAGAUAGCUGCAGGAUUAUUACUUCUUACCGGCCUUGCUCCUGAUAUCAAAGACCCUAAAGAUGGAGUCACGAUUCCACCUUUCCGUCCAACAGACAAUUACCACUUUGAGACUAAAGGUCCAGCCGUCAUAGCCGCACUCUCAGUGUGUAUGGUCAUCCUCACAGUUGUUACCUUCCUAAGACUGGGCAUUCGACUCUUCGUCCAUGGGGUCCGUUUUGGUGCCGAUGACUGGCUCAUCAUUCCAGCGUAUCUCCUCUCCAUGGCAUACCCAGCACUUCAGAUUGCUAUGGUUCAGCAUGGAGGAGCGGGAAAGCACUUUUACGACAUCACCUAUCAAGAGUACUUCCAUUACAAAUAUCUCGCGCCGUCAGCCGCCACUGUAUUCUACGUCUAUGUAGGACUUGUCAAAAUGAGCAUUGCCUUGUUCAACGUCCGAUUGACGACUCUUACGACGCGGUUGUGGAAGAACGUCAACUGGGCGUUCUUUGCCACAUGUGCGGCCUAUACCGUCGCAGCACUGUUUCUGAACGUCUUCAAAUGCAACCCUCAGUACGCGAGUUUCAACCUGCUCCGGAUCGCCGAGUCGGGCAAGGUACCGAACUGUUUGUCCGUCAAUCACAUGAACACCAUCCUCCGCUUGAACCUCGCUCUGGACUUCACUGCUCUCGCCAUCCCGAUAAUUGUAUUGUGGAAAGUUCAGCUGAGCUGGAAGAGAAAGGCCCGCAUCUUUGCCCUGUUGUCCAUCGGUCUCAUCGCCUGCAUUGCGUCAGUAAUGACCCUCGUUUCGCAGUAUACCUUGGAGAAGGAUCCGCUGUGGAACUACACGACUCUUCUGGCAUGGAUCAUGGUCGAGAUAGUCAUCAGUCUGGUCGCAGCUUGCGCUCCCACCCUUGCCUACCUCCUUCCGCGCUCUAUGCUCUCGAAGCACCAGGCAUCCAACAGCGCUAGCAAAUCGACAGGCCAAAAGGCAGCCACUGGCUUCGGUUCGCGACCGUCGAGGAACGACGACGCUCUACGGGCACGUUCUAUACACGAAGAAGACGAGGACAGCGAAGAGGAGUUGGUGGAACGUCGCAUCGUCGUGAAGGAAGACAUAAAGAUGGAGUGGCAGGGCAACAGGCGCAGCAAUGCCCUCGGUGCGCAAACGGGCCAUCAGUCAAAUCAAAACGGCAGCCUGACGAGCUGGUAUGGCGAUCAGAGCGGAAAGACGGGCGCUGUUGUCUAUGACGGCCGCCAGCACGGAGAGAGGUCGAGAGUUUGGCCAACACCCACAAUGGUCGCAAAGAACACUGCGUUUGAUCUGCAGAAAUGCGCGCGAUCCAACAUCCUCGCAUUGGAGCCAUACCGAUGCGCGCGCGACGACUAUAAAGAUGACGGCACCAACAUCCUCCUCGACGCGAAUGAAAACGCAUACGGACCGGGACUAGCGUUAAAUGGCGAGGGAAAGCUGCCUGGCGCGAAUGUCAAUGGCACUUCAGACUCAUCUUCCGCGAUUGACGUCGAUUUGCUUGGCCUGAACCGAUACCCAGAUCCCCACCAAGAAGAACUUAAGCAACUCCUCUGCAACCUCCGAAAUACCCACAGCCACACACCAAAGAAGAUCACGCCCGCCAAUCUCUUCGUUGGUGUCGGCUCAGACGAAGCGAUCGAUGCUCUUAUUCGCGCCUUCUGCGUUCCCGGCAAGGAGAAGAUCCUGACAUGUCCGCCCACGUACGGCAUGUAUAGCGUUUCUGCGCAGGUCAACGAUGUUGCCCUAGCCAAGAUCCCCUUACAAACCCCAAGUUUCGAUCUCGACGUACCCGCGAUACUGAAGGCGAUGGAUGAGGACAAGAGCAUCAAGCUAGCAUAUCUGUGUUCACCUGGCAACCCGACCGGAAAGCUACUCAAGAAAGAGGACGUACAAAAGAUACUAGAACACCCAUGGAAUGGUGUGGUCGUGGUGGACGAAGCAUACAUCGACUUUUCACCUGAUGGAACAAGUCUAGCAGAGUGGGUCGCCGAGUGGCCGAACCUGGUAGUCAUGCAGACACUGUCAAAGGCCUUCGGUCUUGCAGGUAUUCGACUAGGCGCUGCAUUCGCGGACCCGGCAAUCGCACAGAUCCUGAACAACAUGAAGGCGCCGUACAACAUCCCCAACCCAACGAGUCAGCUCGCACGCGCAGCUCUGAGCCCGAAACACCUGCAAGUUAUGACACGAAACAAGGACCUUAUCGUCAAGCAGCGCAACAGACUGAUCGAGGAACUGCCCAAGAUUCCCGGUAUCGGACAGCUUCACGGCGGUGUCGAGUCGAACUUUUUGCUCUACCAGAUACUUGAUGCGCCUGCGGAUCAAGGUGGCAAGCCAUCGAACGAGACGGCCCUGGCAGUAUACGAGGGUCUUGCAGAAGAGAAAGGCGUCGUAGUGAGGUUCAGAGGAAAAGAGCAUGGAUGUCUAGGCUGCUUGAGGAUAACGGUCGGUACAGAGAAGGAAGUAGAUCGCUUCCUACAAGAGAUCAAGCAAGUACUAGAGGGCAUCCACAAGAGCUCUGGCAGGCUAGGGAAGAAGGAAGAGCAGCAGAGAGAAAGAGACGCCAACGACGUGGUCGCAUGA